UUGUUUCGCGAGUGUAUCGAGUAGAUAAAGGCGAGCGAGCGGCGGCGAGUUUCUCUCCACUGAACUUGACAAAAACGAGUCUCGUGACUGCUCCGCUGGCGGCAGGAACAACGAAAAACGUCAGCCAGCGGCGUGUGUCCGUGCAGUCGUGCUACCGGAACGCUCUGUGAUACGCGGUGACUCGAUCGUCGACGAAGCUUGCAACAUGGGUACCGUACACAUGCUGUCGACUCUGACUCGGAUUUCUUCGUCCAGUUCGACGCCGAUCGUAGCGAGGGCUGCGAUGUCGACCGCUUCUAACGCGAAGAAGCUCGCUGGAAAAGUUGCCAUUGUGACGGCAUCGACGGAAGGGAUUGGUUACGCCAUCGCCGAACGUCUGGCGCAAGAUGGCGCCAAGGUUGUCGUCAGCAGUCGCAAGGAGGACAAGGUCAACCAGGCCGCCUCUCGACUGGCCGCCCAGGGCCUGGAUGUCAUCGGGGCGCCGUGUCACGUGGGCAAGGCCGAAGACCGGGCCAACCUCAUCAAGCUGGUCAUCGAUAAACUGGGAGGCAUCGAUAUCCUUGUGUCAAAUGCAGGCAUGAAUCCCGUGAUGGCACCUGUCUUAGAUACGCCGGAGGCUGCCUGGGACAAAAUUUUUGACAUCAACGUGAAGAGUGCGUUCUUGCUCACGAAAGAAAUUGUGCCUCAUUUAGAGAAGCGAGGGGGAGGUUCCAUAGUCUAUGUUUCGUCCAUAGCUGCUUACCAGUCAUUCCCGCUUCUCGGUGCAUACUCGGUGUCCAAGACGGCGUUGUUGGGCCUCACACGAGCAGUUGCCGAGCAGGUGGCACCACUCAACAUCCGAGUAAACUGUAUUGCCCCAGGCAUCAUUAAGACCAAGUUCAGCGAAGCGCUAUGGAAAGAGCCAUCUAUAGAAGCUGCCAUCCUUCCACAAGUCCCACAGAAAAGGCUUGGAACUCCAGAAGACUGCGCCGGCGUUGUCUCUUUUCUAGUCUCUGACGAUGCCCGCUAUGUUACCGGCGAAAACGUUCCUGUGGCUGGAGGCUUCUUUUGCAAGCUCUGAGACUGGCACCCAAAGCCUCGCGCCCCACGUUGCACGACAACAUGGCGCAGAAGAUUCCAUGAAACGUUUUCUUUGUUAGUUUACCGAAAUUUCAUUUCCAGUAUUCGUAUAUUUAGAACACUGUGCUUGAGGCACACCACUGGUUUUCUGUUGUCCUGCAGAAGAACUGUAAAACGUGGCAACGUCAUACAUUCUUCAUCGAAAUAUGAACGUAAUGGACCUACAUCUAAACGCUAUAUUUUCAACUUCAACAUGCAAUGAGUGGACAUUUAUAUGAAAGAUCUAAUCACAAUACUGAUGCUUGCUUAUGUAAACUUCCAGUUUCACUUUCAGGUUGUAAAUCCGCGAUAUUGCAAAAAAUUAGUAUAGCGACUUACCACUUAUUGCGAUGUAAGUGUAAAAUAUGCUGCUAUUAUUGGCAUUGAAUGGAUGUAUGUUUAUGAAAGACUACAAGUGCAAAGGUGUUUUCUUGUCAUGAGACCUCAUUGUUACCUAGGGUGGAUUAUUAUAUUGACUUGCAGGUCAAGUGUAUGUAUUAUGAAAAAGAAGUUUGAUUGGCAAAGAUCUUUAAAGGCGGUAAGUUGAGUGACGUUUGUGUAGCACGGAUGCUUUGUGGUCUCCAAUCAGUGGAUGUUAGGUUAAACUGGUUGACCUUUCGAGAAUGAACAGGAUGGUUAAUUGUAAAAUAACCAUGCCUGCUCAUUAUUUUGCUGCAAGUCAAAGCAGUGA